AUGGGCGCCAGAUCGGGGCUUGCACUCGUACCUGUCAGCGGUGUGACACCACAGCGAUGGGAUUUGCAUUCGGCCCGACGCGGAAGCUCGAACCAAUCCAUGUACACAAGUACCUACUCUGCCCAGGCAGACUACGUCGUGCCCGGCGUACCCAUCUACGAUUAUGCUGGAGCUGACGUCCGUCUCCUGUGGUGGCGGCUGCCGCCCAUUUUUCAAUGUUCCAAUAAUGCCGCUUUGCAACGCGACCCGCUGCAGGUCAUGGGGGACUUUAAAUUGAUCUGCCGCGGGAUGCAAUGCGUCUUGCUAUCGUGUGUGCCAUGUAUAGGCAUGCUCGAUGCAGCUGGGGUAUGA